AGCGACCGACAGAGGUCGCCGCCGAAGCAGCCGAACGUGCGCCCGUCGGACAACAUAUCGUCUGCUACAAAUACAAACGAUUCGCCUGGUUUACUACGUUCUUGGAACACAUCGAAGAGGGAAGGCCGGUGGCCUGUCAGACGACCACACGUCACGUGCAGCGUCGCGCAAGCGGCAUCUAUUUCUGUUACAUUUCGCAAGGGAUGCUCGUGACCCCCGGUCGUGCGCAGUUGGGCCGGGCCCAGGGCCCUGCAAGCGGAAGAAAGCGCAACACAGCGCGCGGCAACAACCGUCGUCAGUGCUUUCUCAGCAAGCAUGCCGAGUGGACCUUGCCUACAAACCCUCCAGCGGGAGCUGGCAGACUCGAUCAUCAGAUGUGCGCCACUCGACGAGCUGCGAAUUCUGCUAGCGUGCGGUGCGCGCGUCAACGAGCCCGUAACACAGGGACUCCGUCCGCUGCACUACGCUGCUUAUCGACGCUACGACGAAGCUGUCAAUCUCCUCUUGGUGCGCGGAUGCGACGUUGACGCGACGGACGACGUUGGCUACACGGCGCUCCACCUGUGCGCAGAACGCGGAUUCAAGGACACGGCUGAUCUGCUGCUAAAGCAUCAGGCAAGGGUCUGUUUCACGGACCAACCAUGCAAGACAAACUCGAAACAACCCUUGGGGAAUCCCCCGCGGACAACACUAGCAGAUGAGCCUCUAAGACUGGCCCUCAAGAACGGCCACUACGAGUGUGCCGAACUCUUACUUCUCUCCGGCGCGGACCCGAACGCACGCUAUUUUCUCGGAUGCGAGAUCAACUUGGUGAGUCCUCUGGAUCUGAGAUCGCUGGUAUUACUUCUCCGUUACGGGGCCCUCCCCGACGCACGCGACCGCACGGGUCUUACUCCCUUGAUGAAGGCGGCGAGACAUCCCAAAGGACUGGACGCGGUGCGCCUUCUGGUCGCCCACGGCGCUGACGUUAACGCUGACACUACCGAACGCCACGAUUGCCGAACUGUACUCCACUACGCCGUGCUCUCCGGCAACGCAGCAACGGUGCGUUUUCUCCUGGACGCCGGCGCCAAAGCUGCUGUCCCACCCGGCUACCACUAUCCGACACCCCUGGACUUUGCGGUGCUGCGCGGUCAGCUCGAAGUGGCCCGCAUGCUGCUGGACGCCGGAGCGCAUCCGGACGCAGGUGGGUCAGCCAUAGUGGGUUCCCCGUUGCACCUGGCGCUCUGCGAGGCUCCCGCGCCGCAGCGCUUCCCCAUCGCGCAACUGUUGCUGGAAAGGGGUGCUGACCCCAACGCUCUGACGUUCUCUGAACGUGGAGGACCGCUGCUACGAGCUCCGCUCGGUGAGUACCUGGCCAGUUCGGACGACGCUCCGUGUUCGCCCUGUCUGGUUCGUCUGCUACUUAAAUUCGGCGCGCGCGCCGUCUUGCGGCCGCAGGCGAAACACCCGCUGGGAAUUUUGCGAUGCCUGACGCGCUUCAAACAAGAAGACGUGCUCGAAGUGGUGAUUGACGCGUCGGAAGGACUUGACCGGGCGACCAUUCAAAGGAAUCUGCAGCUCGGUCCAGAGGCACGUCAGAUCCUGAUGGAAGCGUCGUCUGCUCCACGGCCUCUGAAACACCUAGCACGGUUACGUGUCCGUGCCGCGCUGGGUGUGACGGGUCCUCAGCUGCUGACCAAGGGAUAUCAGCUCAUGGCGUCGCCCCUACCAGCACCUCUAGUUCGCUACCUUCUCUAUGAGACAUGACUCAUUGGAUGCUUUGGCUGCUGUACAGUGCAUCUGGCGCAAAUAUAUGCUCUUUAUUACAA